ACAAAAGGCACACCUCUCUAAUCAUUCAUAUGCAUAUAUACUUAUUAUAGCCCCCGCCCCCCAAUAACAGUGAAAACAACGAGUAGAAAGAAAAGGCGAUGGAAGGCGAAAAGUUACUUAAUCCUAAACCCUAAACCCUAAACCCUAGUCGUUUACUUUGCAAAACUUUCUGAGAGGGAUACUUACUUAUAAUAUAUGUAUAAUUAAGGUAUAGUUUCCAUGUUUCCCACCAAGGCUAAAGCUGUAAUAUAUUUAUUUAAGACGUAGUUUCCAUGGUUCCCCAAAAACAAAUUUCCACGUGACCAUAAAAACCAAACCAAAUGAACCCAAAAAAAAAAAGCCUAAAUCAUGCACAUAGUGACUGAAAAUAAUUCUAGGGUUUAGGGUUCAUGCAGAAUAUGGCGAGGCAAAACACUCAUACAACACUCAUGCUCCGUUUCUACUAAACCCUCCCCUCACCCAAAUCUCCAUUUCUCAACCGAACCAAAGAAUUCGAAGAACCAAAACAAAGAAUGAAGAAUCUGUUAAACUUGUCGAUGAAUUUAUACGUCCCGAUGAUCGUAACGAUAACGUGGAUGAACGCGAUUUCCGUCGAGCCGAGCCUUCACAGAGUCGGAGGAGGCCAGUACACUUGGAAGCCCGACAUUAACUUCUCCGACUGGUCGAGUCAUGAACGUUUUAUCGUCGGCGACUGGAUCUAUUUCGGGUUCGAUAGGAGUAAGCACAACGUGCUGCAAGUGAACCAGACGGCUUACGAGCAAUGCAUCGAGACAGGUUUCAUCUCGAACGUGACGAGAGGGGGACGUGACGUGUUCCAGCUCGUUCAGACAAAGCCGUAUUACUUCAUCUGCGGCCGAGGUUACUGUAAGAACAGCAUGAAGGUCGCAGUCAACGUCCUCCCGCCUCAACCGCCGCCGCCGCCAUCGCCCUCGAUCCUUUCUCCUGCAACACCGCCAGCCACAACUCCUCGACCCGAAUCCUACACAACUGCAACAAUGGCUGCAACUUUCUUCAUCCUGUUCGUCUUAUUUUUCGCUUAGGAGCUUUCUUUUACCUCUUUUACUUUCACGGUUUCGGGUUUAUGCUCGGCGUUUUUUGCAUCUCUUUUUACGUUCUUUUUCGAUAUCUAUGGAACCUUCACUGAUGUUAUGUUACUAUAUAAUAGAAAAAGAGCAAUGAACACAGAGAAGCAGCAGCUUUACACGACAGGGUCAAUUCCUAACACAUCAGUUUGUUUUUUAAACCCGAAAGCUCAUCUUUUUUUUUUCAGACCCAAGGGUUACGUAUAACCCUCGGGGCGGAAAUACAAAAAAAAAACGCACAUCGGGCGAUGAAAACGAGUCAGUUUGGCCACAAAAUGCAUCGCCCGAAUAAAUGCAUAUGCCUAAGCUUAGACCCACCAUGUUCAGGGG